CCGCGCUCUCGACGACACACGCGCACACUCACGCUCCCGCCACCAAUCUCCAGCUAUCCAUCACUGUUCCGAAGUUUGUCCGGAGAUAAGCCUGCUAGCUGACGUUCGAUCGGGAAAGUUGGAAACUGUAUCGUCUCCAAGUGCCGUGCUGAUUAAAUACGAAACUGUGGACUUGUGUUUGAGUGUCCGCCGCGGGCGUUUCGAACUGUGACUUUAUAAGCUGCUAAAGCUUUUGUGAGAUAUCCUCCGGUUGCCGGAGGUGUGAAAAGGUCCUCAAAAUCGCCAAAGUGUCUCCUAUAAAGUUGUCGGCUAUGGACAGUAACUCGGUGUCGCCAAUGCCAGAGCUAGCACCGAUCGCGGAGUUCGACAAGUCACCGCCGUCGCCGCCCAACGAGGAGGUGCCGAUGGACGACCUGCCGCCGCCGCCCGCCACUAUAUCCCAAGCUGAGGGGAAGAAAAUUAAAGUCCAGCGUAGUCGCUCGUACGAGUCUGACGAGCACGAGAGGGGGGCGUGCGAGUGGUGCGAGUAUGCUCUGGUGAUAACCCUCGCCACUAUCCUCCUGAUUGGAGUGUCGGCCCUGACUGUCUUCUGGGUGUUCUACUACCGCGAGGGGUAUGCCUGGGCCGAUGACCUGCCCGACAAGCAGUUCAACCUGCACCCCACGCUCAUGGUGGCUGGGUUCAUCACCUUUAGCGGAUUCUCGGUACUUCUGUACCGUAUCUGCCGCUGCUUCCGACGCAUCUACGUGAAGCUGCUUCACGCCAUCUUCCACGCCCUGGCGUUCCCAUGCAUCGUUAUCGGGUUCCUGGCUGUCCUCGACUACCACAACAAGAAAGGGAUCAACAACUUCUACUCUCUGCAUAGCUGGAUCGGCUUUGUUGCUAUGGGACUGUUUGGAAUACAGUACGCUGUCGGUUUCUUCAGCUUCCUGCUGUUGUUGAUCUGCAAUAAGGGCACUGCUGGCUUCCGCGCCUCCUUGGUGCCAGUGCACGCCGCCUUCGGAAUCCUGACCUUCGUACUCGGAGUCGCCGCUUGCCUCACUGGACUUACUGAGAAGGCUAUCUUCAGCCUCGGGAGCGAGGUGUAUGCGACGCUGAACAACGAGGCUAUCGUGAUCAACGCCAUCGGGAUGUCCAUCGUGGCCGUGGCUAUAGUGGUCCUGUAUACGGUGCGCGGUACCGGGGGCUAUCGUCUCCGCAAGGUCGCCGCGCAGCACCCGAGCUAAGCACCCACAGCAUAGCAAUAAUCCAGUUUGGUGACAAAUGAAAGAAGAAAUUUUGAUGAGUGUCUUUUGAGGGCUGUUCAGACUUUUUAAAGAAAUGUCAUAAUAAUAUAUGCUGAUAAUCCCGUGGUCACGUUAAAGCUGUCUUUCUGAGGAGGAUACCGUCAUAUCUUUAAAUAAUAAUAUUGCAAUUGUUGAAACGUUACAUUGGCGUACAGCGUCAGAUUUCCUUUGGAACUAAAAUAAUAAUACUUAAAAGGUAGUGGUCCUAAAUCAAUGCUCUUUUCAUGCGUACAUUAUACUUUUCCCGGCAAUGGGACAUACAUAAUUAAUCUAUUAUGUAAUACAAAAAAAAUACUCUUCUUUAUUUUCUGAACAGGCCUCGAAUGUGUCGUUGAAAUAACAUUUUUAUGUGUAUUGUGUAUUCAAACAACGAUUCCAAUUUUACACACUCGUCAAUUUUUCACGGCCGGCUACUACCAGGGCCAAUUUUUGUGUAGAUUCGAUACAUCAAUAUUGUUUCACAUACCUAGCAAACAGUAAAACCAUUUAAAAUAAAUCAAGGAUAUGUGUUUGCCAAAGAGGGAUUAUUGCCACACAAGAAAACAACAACACUGGGCAAAACGUUUAGCAUUUGUCACCAAACAAUUUUUUACCAUUUUUAAACAGUUUGUAAGUUCGUUUUAUGCUCGAGGCGAAAGAACACCAUGACUAUGGACUAGUAAUAAUAUCAUAAGCAUAAAUCGAAUAAUUAAAUAAUCUUCCAGUUUCCAUAUAAUUAGGUAGUAAUUUCAUGCGCAAUAAAAGACAAAUAUCUAUAUUUAUUGUCGAACACGCUCCUAAUGUGUUUUAUGAAUUUUAUUCGACUAAUUCAAUUAAAUGAUACAAUUAUAUUGUUUAGCUCAAUUCGUUGACUUUAGGUUAAACAAAUUCUAUUGUGGUAACAUUAUUUAUGAUUGUUCUUGGGGUUGUGCGUUGUUCCAUUUUUAAAAUCUUUAAAUAAUAAUUAUGGGUGAGUUGAUUCCGUCUUAGUCAAAAUUUAUUCGACUGAUAUUGGAAUUGUAGUGUUUCAUUCGUUUCUUUGCUAUAAUAAACAACACUAUAUAAGUACCUAGGGUAAGCUAAUAAUGGAUACAGUUCGACGGAUUCUCGUGGGUAAGUAUUGCAUAGGAUGUGGAGGGAGUUUAUUCUGCUAAGUGUAUCGAAGUAGUCAGGACGCAUUCGUUUCAAUUUCUACUAUGUACUCGCUGUUCUGUGGUAAACUAUAUUAUUAGCGACUAGCGGUAGGACAGUACUUGCCGUAUUAAGUAAGCAUGAAACGAAAUCAGUGUGUAACGGUUUGUUUAAACAUAAUCAGAACCAAAUACCCAAUAUAUUGUUUUAACAAUGAAAGUCAGAGGCCAUACAGAGAUACUACACCGGUAUCAAAAUAACCAUACGUAGGGUUCAUUAGUUAAGACAUAAUAGAUGUAACUUGUAUAUAAAUUUUAAUCUAAUUUAAUGUAAUGUGCGAGUGUUCGAUAGUUGUAGAAUGUGAUGAAGUAGUAGCGAAAA